CAUGCCACCGGAGUAUGUGAACAGUUGCUUGAUAUCAAAGAAGUUUGACGUAUUCAGUUUGGGCGUCAUAAUUAUAAAAAUACUUGCUGGAAAUAAUGGCUAUGACAAUUGUUCUGAAAUGUCCCCUGAAGAGUUUAUUGAGCUUGUAACUGAAAACUGGACGAAAAGGUUGCGGGCAUUGAUGAGCUAUUCAUUCCAGGAGGACAUCCUACGAGUGAGGACUUGUGUUGAGAUUGCAUUAAGGUGUGUCGCCUUGGACCGAAACAAAAGGCCUACCGUGACAGAUAUUGUUCAUGAACUGGAGGCACUGGAAGCCAAUAUCACAAUAAUGUCAUACACAAUUGUGCAGACAGGAUCAAGGCCACACCAAGUGUCGUUACAACAUUGAAAGAUAUCACAGACAACUUCUCAGAGGACCGAAUACUUGGUAGUGGUGGUUUUGGUGUGGUAUACAAGGGACUGCUACAAAACGGGGAAGUGGUUGCAGUGAAGAAGCUUGUGCAGUUAACACCGAAAUCACAGAAGCAAUUUGAGAAUGAGGCUGAUCUUCUUAUAACACUGAAGCACGCAAAUGUAGUGCGGUUGUUGGACUACUGCUAUGAUACACAACCUCUGCUUGUUCCAGAACGUUUGCUUUGCUUGGAAUAUAUGCCUAACGGAAGUCUUUACAAGUAUAUUACAGUUGCAGAUGCGCCUUCUGCCCUUGAUUGGCAGACACGUUGCAAAAUAAUUGAGGGAAUUUCCUUUGGUCUACGGUACCUUCACGAGGGAUCUAAUGUUCCAAUUAUUCACCUAGACCUAAAACCAGCGAACAUAUUGCUUGAUGAAGAUUUUGUACCAAAAAUUACAGACUUCGGUCUUUCAAGACUGUUUGAUCCACAACAAACUAUUGACACUGCAGCUGCUACUGGAACAUUAGGUUACAUGUCACCAGAAUACCAGCUACGAGGUAAAAUCACACCAAUGGCAGACAUAUUCAGUUUGGGUGUGAUAAUCAUGGAGAUAAUAACAGGGCAUAGGGACUACCCAUAUGAUAUUAGAAAGUCUUCCAAAGACUUCAUCAAACAGGAAAUGCAAAAAUGGAGAAAUAAGCUGCAAAAAGAACCAGGAUAUACACUAGAAAUAGACUGCCAACAAAUCGAAAGAUACAUUCAAAUAGGUCUAAUCUGCGUGAAUAAUGACCGGUCAAAAAGGCCUACGAUGAAGAAAAUUAUAGAUAUGCUUCAAGGGGUGGAAAGUAUGAAUUGUUACAUUCGCAACGAGCUAUCAAUCGACGACAUCCAGGAGGAGCUGUAGAUUACAAUCAAAAGAGGUUGUCAACAAUAUCCACUGCUUCUGUCUUCCUGGGCUUUGGAUCUCCGUAUGUACUUUCUCCUCGCGAGUGGCGUUUAUGCUCGACUACCACUACAUGCAAGCAUUUUCACUUGUUUGGUUUCCAGUCCUAGUUGUAGCCAGUGUAUGUCACAUAUGUGGACGUGUGUUCUUCGCUUGAAGAUAAAUAUGCAGCACGAUGGCCAUAGUUUCCACAAAAGGAUGAGAGACAUCCAAGCCUUUGGAAGUUUGUAUAACUUUGUAUGCAAACAUUGACAACAGUACUGCUAUUUGCGGCUCCAGGUGUUGCACACAACAGCGGUUAAAUGAAGGGCUGUUGUUGUGCCUUUUCAGCUUUGCCAACUGUGUCAGAUGAUCUGGUAUGACUUUUGUAAAGAUUAUUUACUUAAGAUUAGCAAUUGAUGGCAAUACUACGUACCAGAUCUAUCCUCCUACGUUCUUUAAAACUCAAACUG